AGAACCCACAAUGGCAAUAACAGAGAGAAAAGUCUAUUACUUGUAUUGCACUUAAAGUACAUGAAUUUGUUUUCGAGAUAAUCCAAGAAAUAGAAAAAUAGUUGGAGUCCUCGGCUAAGCUGACGAUCUUCAAAAGAGAAGGAAAAAGAAAAAAAUGUUUUCGCUAACUUGUAGUAAGCUUACGAUCUUCACCAUAGCUGGAGUAAUUAUCCAAAUGAUUGGGCUUUCAGUCUUCGUCUUCAGCUUCUUCCCGGUCAAACCAGCCCUCUCUGGUUUCAGUGGUCUGGAGAGUUUUCGCGCUCCGAGUUUCGAUCUGAUUCAAAAUCAUAGCGCCAAAAACCUCCCUCCUGAUGAGCUCAGAUCGCUGUAUCGGGAAUUAUCUGGGGUUCCUCCUUCAUUUGACAGACUAAUACUAAUGGUUAUUGAUGGUCUUCCGGCAGAGCUUGUGCUUGGAAAGGAUGGUAAGCCGCCCCGUGCGGAGUUAGUGGAAGCUAUGCCUUAUACUCAGUCGCUGUUGGCGAGUGGAUUGGCAAUUGGGUUUCAUGCAAAGGCUGCGCCGCCUACUGUUACCAUGCCUCGAUUGAAGGCAAUGGUUUCUGGGGCAAUUGGGGGAUUUCUGGAUGUGGCUUUCAAUUUUAACACGCAAGCUCUGUUAGAUGACAAUCUUCUGUACCAGUUUUUUAAGGUUGGUUGGAAAAUGGUGAUGCUCGGUGAUGAAACGUGGCUAAAGUUGUUUCCAGAAUUAUUUAUAAGGAGUGAUGGAGUUGGCAGCUUUUUUGUUAAAGAUACGGUGCAAGUAGAUCAAAAUGUGUCUCGACAUUUGCCGGAUGAGCUUAGUAGAUAUGAUUGGGAUCUCCUGAUUCUUCAUUACCUAGGCUUGGAUCAUGUUGGACACAUUGGUGGGCGCAACAGUAUCUUGAUGGCCCCAAAACUUAAGGAGAUGGAUGAGGUGGUCAAGAUGAUUCAUACAAGUAGAAUCCUGAAUCAAAUGAAUAACCAUGGAAAGACACUUUUGGUAGUGGUAAGUGACCAUGGCAUGACUGAUAAUGGUAAUCAUGGAGGAUCUUCCUAUGAAGAGACCGAUUCCUUAGCUUUGUUUAUUGGCCUGGAAAAUGAUGUCUCUGCUUAUGCAUCGUACUCCACCCAAAACACUGUAUACCAGAUUGACAUCGCAUCCACAUUAGCUCUCCUUUUUGGUGUGCCAAUUCCAAAAAACAAUGUUGGUGUCCUGAUUUCAGAAAUUUUUAAGCAUUUGGCAGAUGACCAAAAACUAAGGGCUCUGGAGCUGAAUUCGUGGCAAUUAUUUAGACUACUACAAGCACAAUUACCCGGUUUAUCAUGUGAUGAAGGCUCUGAGAUAAGGAAGUGCAAUGGUAGCUUGACGACAAUGUUUUGUUGCUUAUAUAUGAAUGCUGCAUUUCUUCAUAAUUCUUGGAUGUCUAAGGAUGUAUCCAGGUUUAAUCAUGGGGAGGAGUACAACACUGCAGUUGGAGCAUACAGUGAGUUUUUAGGAGUUGCAAGUGAGUGUUUAUCACGCAGAGUCACUGAUAAACCUGUCAAUUUGCUUGCUUUUGGAGUUGCUGCAAUGCUUAUCUCAUGUCUAAUAUUGCUGAGCCUUUUCUAUUUAAUAUGCAAAGAACUUCGCGAGAGAGAGAGGAUAUCUCUUUCCAACUUUGAGAAUAGUACCAUGCAUACGUGGCAUUUAGACGAGGCCUUUACAUUUGGUGUCGUUCUUAUGCUUGUCAUAAGUAUGGGAUCAAGUUCUAUGGUUGAGGAAGAGCAGUACAUAUGGCAUUUUGUUACUUCCACAUUGAUUUUGUUAUUUCUGCGCAAGGCAAUACAGUCUCUUAAAGUUGGAAGAGCGUCGAGUUUGUUUAGCUUGGUCAAGGGACAAAACAGAGCAAGUUGUUUUCAAAUAACUUCCUUGGUUUUGAUUCUUAUUUCUGGAAGGAUCUUGAGAGGCUGGCAUCAAGGAGGCGUGAAUUGGACUAAUCUUCCUGACAUAUCUAAGUGGCUUGAGCAAGCUGGGGGUGAAUAUAUAAAAGCAGUUCAGCUAGUCACAGGCAUCCUAGUGAUGACCUUAAGCUUAAUUUCUCUAUCUGCAUUGGAUACUAAUAAAAAACUUGUUAAAGUGAUUGGAUUUUGCUUUUUGACUCCUGGAUUGUUGGUUUUGCACCGUGUUAUGAAACAUCAGAGUAGCAUAUUAGGACCAUCCAGUUAUAACGAUACGGUGUUGAUCCAAAUGAUCUAUAUGGUUCUGGGUUUCACCGCACUCGGUACUGUUGUGGCCUUACCAUGGUUAUCAUCUCUAUUGGCUUCAAAAACAUGCCCAUAUUAUAACUUUGACACGACAACUUCUGAUCCCAAACUUCAAAAUACGUCUCAACUGGUAGAACUAACAAAUUCAUUAUUUGUGAUUGGGUGGGCGUACAUAUGCUAUUGGUCUCUUCUGCAAUUGGUACUCCAGCAACCAAUUAAUUCGAUGCCUAUAUUACUGCUCCUUGUGCAAGUUUUACUGAGCAUGCGAUACUCUUUUUACAGUGGGCCACAUCACAAGCAGUGGGUUGAGGUUGCUGCAGUCUACUAUAUGGGGAUGGCAGGGCAUUAUGCUCUAGGGAACAGCAAUUCUUUAGCCACCAUUGAUGUUGCUGGAGCUUAUAUAGGCAUCACAAGUCAUUCAACAGUACUAUCUGGGGUUUUGAUGUUCAUUAUAACGUAUGCCUCCCCAAUGGUUGCCAUUCUUAGUAUGGUGAUGUACAUUUCUGUUAAGAGCAGCAACUAUCUUGUUCUUACCUUGAGUGUGGAUUCAGGAGAACUCAAACGAAUGCUUGGCUUUCCUUGUCUGAUUCCACUGUGCUUGAACUCCAUUUUGUUGACAGCCUAUACCAUCGUAUUGAUACUAAUGAGAAACCACCUCUUCGUCUGGAGUGUUUUUUCUCCAAAGUAUCUUUAUGCAUGUGCCACAACUGUUUGCGUCUAUACCGGUGUCUCUGUUGUGGCUGCAACUGUGUCUUAUGCGUACUGGGUGGUGGUGUCUCGGAGAACACAGAGUCCUCCGCCGUCAUCUCCUCCACCGUCAUCUAUGAUAAAAAGAUAAAACUCUGAUGCAAAGAAACAGAAUUCCAAUUUUAUAGAAGAAAACGCUCGGAUUGUUUGAUUGUUUUGUGAAAAGAUCGUGUACGGAAAGGUAGCCGUAGAGGAAAAAUUAAAAAAGGAAACGCAUGUGUGGAGUUCCGCUUAAUGAAUUUGAUGUUGUAAAUUGAUAUAUAUUUUGAUUAUUUAUUUAUAUAUUUAUUAAUUUAUUU